AUGUGGAAAAAGCAGAGUGUGACAAACUCAAGGGUCAUUUUCCAGGAAAAACUGCAGCAGGACCUCUGCAACGCAGGAAUUUCUUUCUUAUUUUGUUUUGAAGAUGCUCAGGUUCAUGAUCUUCUGUUACGUUUGGUUCCAGAUCCCUGAUGUGAUCGAUGGUGCAGAAAACUCCACAGGUCUUCAGGCCGGGAGCUUUGGUUACGUGGCUGGUCUCUCUCCAUCAACAGUGAUCCGGUUCUCGGCCCUGGAGGACCACCACCUGUGCCUGCCAUGUGGAUGCUCCGCUGGUUCAAACGUGAUCUGGACUUAUCAGAACAGGAAGGUCCUGGUGACCCGGCAGAGCAGUCACCAGACCAAUCAGGACCUUGAGCGUUAUAUCCUAAAGGACGAUGGUGGUCUCUGCAUCCUGAAGCUGGAAGACUCAGACAGCGGCGAAUAUCAGUGCAACCAGCGGCUGGUGGCCGAGCUGCAGGUGCUCACAGGCCGGACGCUUCUGCUGCCUUGCAGAGGCUCCUCUAAGCUUCGACACAGGUGGUUUAGACAACGAAAAGGACAGAAGGAGGAGAUCAUCUUCACCCGUUUCAGAAAUGGUACAGAGAAGGCAGAAAUAGACGGGAGCCGGCUCAGCUACAUUUCCGACGCUCUGCAGAUCAAAGACCUGCAGCCAGAGGAUGCUGGAGAAUAUCUCUGCAACAGAAUACCGCAGGCAAAACUCACUGUCCUGGAAGAAAACCCUGAGCCAACCAGCGUCCGAUCAUCCACUAGUAUAACGACAGCGUCCGGUGUGUCAAAGACAGAUGUGUUUCAAACAGAGGACGUGCCAGAGAACAGACCUAAGAAUGCUCUGCUGCUGGUCGCUGUCAUUGGUUUGGGAUUGAUGAUCGUCCUGGUAGCUCUCGUCUGUAUUUUCCUCACCAGCAUGAAGUGCAGAAAGAAGAAGGGACACAGAUACGAAGCAAAAAGACGAGAAGACACAGAGCUGCAGCUGUGGAUGACUUAUAACGCCCAAACUGAGUAUGAGGUGUUUGAACGUCCGUCCCUGCCAGAUGAGACCAUUCACUACGCCUCUCUGGGUCGACAGAGCUGGAGCCAGAGAUCCAGCUGCUCUCCACCAGAUCAGAGCGGCAGUAACGUUGUUUAUUCUUCAGUCAUCACCAGACCUGCCCCUAAACACACUUUCUCCUGAGUCCAGUUUAUUUCUGCCAUUCUUUGUCAAGCAACACUUAGCUGUCGUUGUUCCACAUGGACCGUCUCCCUGUUUUGUCUUAAUUACACGAUCAGCUCUAAGUCUGAGCAUUUUGAUUCAAGUGUACAGCUGUUACCACAGAAAACACACAGACAUUAGCGGCUAUGCAUCUCCUUGUGUCUUUGUAAAAAUCAGCUCAAACUGUUCAAUGUUAUGUCACUUUAUUUGUUUUUUUUGCAUGUUUCAUAGUAGGCACUGAAUUCACCAUCACAUUUAUAUCUAUGAAAAAGUCACAUUUAAAAAGGUUGCUGAAAAUCAGCAUCUUUCCACAAAGAUAGC